UAAGACAAAUUAAUAUUUCAAAACGUUUUAUAAAUUCCUUGCCAACAGAUCAACAUUAUGCGCGCUAUGCACAUGCAUCAGCAUUAAUAGAUAAUAAGUUGUACGUUAUGUGUGGAGUCUUUAAUACUGCUCUUUCGAAGAAUUUCUUUUAUCUUGAUUUAUCAAAAUCAUUUACAGAUAAAUUACCACCACUUGUUGAUGUUAUAUCUAAUUUUCCAGUAAAGGGUGCAUGGCUAACAGCAAGUGCAGGCGGUCAUAAUAAUACAACAAUAUUUCUAUUUGGUGGUAUAUUACAAGAUGCAAUAGAUAAUAAUGAUUUGAUUUUUGCAUUUCCAAGUCCUGAUGGUCCAUGGCAAAGACUUCCAAUUAGUGGCACACCACCAAUUGGUCCACAUGCAGGUGUGAAGUCUGUUAUUGAUGAAAAUGGUAAAAUGUAUUUGUUUGGUGGAGAUAAUGGUGGGGGAGUGACAACAAAUAACAAUAUGUAUAUAUUAGACACAAUCAAUUUAAUGUGGUCAAAUGGUGGUGAUGCAGAUCCAGCUUACAGAAGAACACAUGCCCCAGGUGUUUUGUUAAAAAGUGGUGAAAUUUUAUAUAUUGGUGGAUAUACUGAUAAAUUUACAACAGUUGACAUUAAUACAGUUCUAGUAUAUAACACAAAAUCUUCAAAAUGGUCAACAACUACUGCAGUUGGAGAUGUCAUUCAGACACGUUUUUAUCACACAGCUGUUUUAGCUCCAGAUGGUAAAAUUAUAAUAUAUGGAGGUGCUAACACUGAGAAUGGUACAAUGUCAGAACCAGCUAUGGUCUUGUUAGAUACAAACAAUAGUCCAUAUUCUUGGUCAAUUCCUAAUAUUCCAUCCAAUCCACCUCCACCUCCACCUCUAAUGCAACAUACAGCCAAUUUG